AAUAGAGCACGUACGCCCUGUAAUGGAGCAGCUCUCUGAGCGCUGAGCCUGUCGCUGCACGCCUCCAGUCUCUUCCGUGAAAACAUCUGCUCUGCUGUCAGCCUCAGACCACUCCCUCUGACAGUGUGAAGGACGGAGCAGCCUACUCUUCACUGUGUUGCCAUUAGACGUUUCUCAAAGGACUAUGUUCGCAGCAGAGAAUGGCGGACGCCAACGCGAUUGAGGAGCUUCAGUCGGAGCUCACCUGCCCGGUGUGUCUGGAGCUGUUCCGUGACCCGGUGAUCCUCGAGUGCGGACACCACUUCUGCCAGGUGUGCAUCAUCCAGUGCUGGGAAGCCAAGGCGGACGAGUUGUCGAGUUGCCCAAAGUGUCGAAAGUCGUGCGGCCGCAAACUGCGACCCAACUCGCUUCUGUGCAACGUCGUGGACAGUGUGCGCAGAGCCCGGGCCAUGGACACAGCCGCGGGGACAAGCGGGUGGUAUCCGGAAGGUCCGCUGGAGGAGCCGGAGGAGCGGGAACCCGGGUCCAGCAUGAGCAGCGUGGCCUCGUCCAUUGGGCUCUGGCCGCGCCUGUGGAUGGAUAUGUGCGAGGAGCAUGAGGAGAAGCUGAAGCUGUACUGUGAGGACGACCAGCUGCCCAUCUGCCUGGUGUGCGGCAUGUCCCGGGACCACAAGACCCAUAAUGUCAUCCCCAUUAACGAGGCCUUUGAGAACUACAGGGAUAAGCUGUCUGUCGCUCUGGAUCGGGUUCAGCUGCAGACAGAGGAGGCCACGCUCUUCCAGAGGCAGACCAAUGAAAAGAUCCUCCUCAUUAAGGAGCAAGCAGGAGAUCUGGAGGAGAUGGUCACUUCAGAGUUUGGUCGUCUGAGAGAGUUCCUACUGGAGGAGGAGGAGCGCAUUAAGGAGAAACUGCAGAAGCAGAAAGAGGAGAAGCUCAACCAGCUGGAGGAGGCACUCAUUCAGACCACCGAGCAAAUCAGCCAGCUGGAAAGUACAGCCGACGAGCUUCGCCUCAAACUGAGAGAGGACGAAAACCCAGAGCAGCUCAAGGGAAUCAAAGAUUUCAUCGGAGGGGCUGAGAGCUUGUUUGAGCGCCCCCCAGAGGUGAGUGUGGAUCUGCAGUCAGGAGAGUUCCUGGGACCUCUGCAGUACAGGACAUGGAGGAAAAUGAGCUCAAUUUUCCAGCCAGCUGUCACAGCGGUGACCCUCGACCCAGACACAGCCUACCCCUGCCUGUGGGUGUCUCCAUGUCACACCAGCGUCCAGGUGGGAAGAAUCCAGACCAACCUGCCCAACAACCCCGAGCGUUUCACCCUCUACAACAUCGUCCUGGGCUCUGAGGCCUUCUCCUCUGGCAGACACUACUGGGAGGUGGAGGUGGGCUAUAAGACAGCGUGGGGUCUGGGUGUGGCUGCAGCCUCCGUCAACAGGAAGGAGGAGAUCAGCCUCUGUCCAGAUGAUGGUUUCUGGACCCUGGUGCUGAGAGACAACGCAGAUGGCACCAGCGAGUAUGAAGCCUGCACCGACUCAGAUGAGAGCUUGAUAUAUCCCUCCAAACCCCCCAGGAGGGUGGGGGUCUACCUGGACUAUAGUCGUGGUGAGGUGGGGUUUUACGAUGCAGGAAACAUGAGUCACCUCUUCACCUUCUAUAAUGCGACAUUCAAAGAGCCGGUUUUCCCGUACUUCAAUCCCUGGCCGAUUAUCAAUGGACAAAACCGGGAGCCGCUCACCAUAGUAACACCACACUGGGGAUAGACGUCCUUUUUAUAAGAGGACAGACUUAGAAUAAAACUGCAGAAGAUUCAGCAGCUAAUGAACUUGGAUGGACUCAUCUCAUGAGCACAAACACAUCUGCCUUCUCAAAAAGACUUUGCUGUAUUAAUGAUGUGGUGGUGAUGAACAUGCAGGUAAUGCCUUGAAAUGUGGUAAGACGGGAAAUAAGAAGAAAAAACUACUAUUGUACAAGAUGGGGUUGGGCAACAUGUUAAAAUUUCUAACCGGCAGCCCAACAACCUGUGAUGGCUGAUUUAUUCGUGCAGACAGGUGCGUGUUUUUCAGGUGGGAGAUGUGUCCAAGUGGCGAGUUCACUACAUUCCACAAGUGCUCUUUGCUUUUUUUCAGUUUAAUAAAUACACAAAAUGCAAAGAAAGGAAAUAUUCUGAUACAUCUUUUCCAUAUUAAAUGGAAAUAUUCAAACAUACACUUUCUGAAUUUGAAUUUCUCUCUUUCAUUGAACUUAGCUUAAGGGCCUUGGUGAGGCAUUUUAAAACACACUUUACUCACUGACAGAAACCAGGCUAGGCUAGUUUUUCCUAGGCUUACUCUCUGUGACUUGCAGUGUCAGAAACCAACGAAAAAGGUGUCCUUUAACAUCGGUAUGAUUUGCGGCCAGGUGCAGUUAUAGUUUAAUGGCGCCUAGCGGUGUCAGAGGAAAACGCGGUGGGUCAAAGACAAAAGUGGAAUGUGGAAAGUCUAUGACCAAACCAAACGUCAAUAUGUGACAAGCUGGGAGUGAGAAUGUGUUAUCUGGUUUGGUUGAAAUAAAAUGCCGGCUGUAGACGCUGGUUUCCCCUGCUGCCUCCCAUUUUAGCGCUGAGCAGUGACUCUCAUUUGUUCUUUUGAAGUCAGGCCUGUAACUAUGCAAAAUAAAAUGACCAAAGUCACCCCCGGAAGUCUCCUUAAGUCGACUGAGAUUUUUCUGGUUCUGGUUCUGCAGACUCAGAACCAGAGUGUGUCUGAGUGAGACGGAAGGAGCUGCCUUGAGGAAGAGAGGCUUUGUCCCGUAAGGCUCUGAGAUAACGUUUUAUUCUGCCCUAUGCUUAGAAGUGGUGAAUUCCCAGCUCAUAGCAACUUAUCUUACACAAUACAGGCUUUUAUUUGAUAUUUAGUGUCUGCAAAAAUAUUGUUGCACAUUCCUGAUACAUCUUCAGUGUAGUUAGCACGCAUUAGCUCAGAGGGCUAACUUAGCUUGUUAACUUUGUUCAUUGCAUAUCGCCUUUAUGUCCUGCCAAACCAGUUCAAACUUUCUAUGGGGAAAAAAAAAGAGCAAAUAGUCAAAUGUUUGCAUUCAACAGUCAAAUCCACUGACAUCAUUCUGAGUCACAUGCAACCCUAAUAUUUGUUUAUUUGCCCAACCCUUGUAAAACACAAAUGACACUUUAAAGAGCAGGGCUGUUGAUAUUCUACUAUUUUUCUCAUUGUCAACAAAUCCCUUGAAAAGGCCAUAACCAACAAUAGUUUCAUCAUACAAGCACAUAUUGUCCACAUAUUGGUGUAACUUAAGAAUAUAUAUUAAUAUUUAUGUGCCAUAGACCUCCAUUGUAUUGCUGAAAACACACAGUGCAUUUAAGAGUUUGUUUGACCUCCUGGUUUGGUUUUUGCCCUGAUGUGUGUUGUCAGCUGAGACCUCAUACAGACACAGGUGUGUGCCUUUCCACAUCACGUCCAAUCAGUUUGAUUCACCGCAGGUGGACUCAAGAGAAAUGACCAAUGACCAAUGACCUGGGCUGAAUUUAAAGCAUCAUAGCAAAGGGUCAGAACACUUCUGUCAAUGUGAUAUUUCAGGUUUUUGUUUUUUUUUUUAAAUAAAUUUGCUAAAACUUCUAAAAUUCUUUUUCUCUAUGUCAUUAUGGGGUUUUUAAGUCAGUGAAAUUUAAUGAAAUGAUUUUAGUUAAAGGCUGCAACAUAAAAUAAGAAUAAAGUGAAGGGGUCUGAAUGCUUUGUGAAUGCACUGUAUUAAAAACACGUCAUGAGCCACAUUGUUGCUCUGGAUUACAUGUUCCUUUAUUAUGAUGAACAGGGACACUGUAAGCCUUCAUCAGAGCACCAAAUGUGUAUUAAUCCAUGCCUGAAAGUAGUCCCAAACAAAUGUGUCCUGCUGUUUGUUCAAAAGUUGAUGCUAUUUAGGGACCAAGAUUUACAUGUCAAAUAAUGUCAAUAAGAGAAUAUAGAAUAGCCUUAACCUAUAAGAUUUUGUAUUGAUUCUACAUUUACGAGUGAUGCAUAUUGCUAAUGCAGCCACAGACUUAAAGGUUCUUUGUGGAGUUAUGUGUCUGCUAGUGGGCUAAACAUGGAUGUAAACAAUGCAGGAUUAAAACAAUCGGCUUUGCAAAUGUUUUAUGUAAAAGUAAAUGCAUUCAACACAUUUGUUAAAGCUUAAGGAUACACGCAAUAUGUUUGGUGAGUAACACUAAAUGUAAACAGCAAUUGUGUGAUCACAAGAAAACACCACAGGGUGACUUUGUCUCUGCAGAAAGGUUUUAAAAUGGUAAUAACUUGUUUUGCUGCAGUAUCUUAUUGUAAUAUAUUGAAUCUGUAUAUCUAUAUGUCUACAUCUACAUUUAUCUUGUAUUUUUUUACUGUUUCAUAGUUAUGUAUCCAGUCACAUCAUUCUAAUGAUAUGUGCAUUGAAAGGAAUGAUGUGUCCAGUAAAUUUAAUACAAGUAAUAAAGACUAUUUGUCCAACGCAA